CAGACAGACGGACGGAGAGAGCUCGAGGGAGAUACGAUGAGGUUCCCGCUGAAGCUGGUGGUGUUGCUGUUCUGCGUGCAGAGGGGGGACGGACGCGGACUGAGGUCGCUCCUUGAGCAGAGAAGUGACGCAGGUUCUCCAGAAGAGGAGAGCAGAAGUGGAGAGACCAGGGAGGACGACAACCCCGAGCCCCAGCGGAGAGGCUCCGUCGCUGGGGAGCCGUGGUCCCUUCUCCCCCUCGCCUCCAUCCAGACCCCCGGCCUCCUCUCCCGCCCCCGGCGCGGUGCCUCCACACACUGCGGCCUGCGCACUCUCCUCCUCCAGGUCCGAGACCUCGGCCUGGGCUACGACUCGGACGAGACCGUCCUCUUCAAGUACUGCAGCGGCUCGUGUCCCCACGCGCGCUCCAACCACGACCUGACCCUCACCAGCCUGCUCCUCCAGGGGGCACUGCCGCCCCCUCCCAUGGGGGAGCUGUGGCACAGCACCCCCUGCUGCCGGCCGACCCACCACGAAGACUUGGCCUUUCUGGACAAUCGCCACCGCUGGCACAAGGUGGAGAAGCUGCUGGCUGCAGACUGCAGCUGCGUGGGCUAGGGGAGGGGCCGUGUGGGAAAGGGGGAGGAGCCGCACAAAGAAGGGGAGGGGCUGGCAGGUGGAGGGUGAAGGGUGUGCUGUGCUGGUGU